UUACUUUACAAUAAAACGUACCCCAUUAUUAUUGCUUCACUUUACUCCUUGACAUGAAGGUUCCGAACCUAGCAUUCUAUAUUAAAUCUUCCCAUUAAUGCAAAAAUACAGAGUGACAAUAAUAAUGAGCACUUCAAGAUUAUCACUUUUCUUCUUCUAUGCCAUUCUCAUUUUCCUUGUUAAUAAUCCCACCAUUAAUGCGCAGAGAGAUCCCUACGUGCUUCACCAGUGUUCAACUACUGGUAACGUUACUAGUAACAGUACCUUUAGAGCAAACCUUAAUACCCUCAUCUCCACUCUUUCUUCCAACACACAAAUCGAUUAUGGGUUCUACAAUUUCACUGCCGGAGAGGGCACCAACAAAGUUUACGCCACUGGGCUUUGUAGAGCUGAUCUUUCACCAACUGAUUGCCGUAGUUGUGUCAACAUGUCAGCUCACGAGCUCUUACAGUUGUGUCCAACACAGAAAGAGGGUGUCAUGUGGUACAUGAAUUGUACAGCUCGAUACUCAAACAACUCGAUAUUUGGUGUUGUUGAAUUGAAACCUACUCGAGCUCUUGUAUCUGGUCUUGUCCUUUUGACUAAGGUCAACGAGGCGUUAAAAGCCGUAUUAUUUGAUGACCUGAGAGUUAGAGCUUCAGCUGGAAGUAUUUUUGGCAAGGUUGCAGUUGGAAUUGCGAACUAUAACAUUCGAAACUCUACGGAUACGAUCUACGGGCUUAUGCAAUGUAGUCCUGAUUUGUCAGAGAAUGAUUGUAGCAAUUGCUUAGUUGGCGCUCAAAGCUAUUUUCAAGCUUGCUGUAGUGAAAGUGUUGGAGUGAGAAUUCUUGCACCCAGCUGUAACUUAAGAAUAGAGAGUGAACAAUUCUAUGACAGCACUCUUGGUGAAUCGCCGACAUCAUUAUCUCCUCCUUCGCCUGCAAAAUCAAUAUCUCCUCCUCCUGCGCCUGCAAAAUCAAUAUCUCCUCCUCCUGCGCCUGCAAAAUCAAUAUCUCCUCCUCCUCUUGUGCCUUCAAAAGAAAAGAAGAGUAACUCAUCUAAAGCUAUCAUCAUUAUCGUUGUGGCCGUGGUUGUUUUCACGAUGCUAAUCAUCUGCAUUUGCGUCAGUUUAAGGGUGAAGAAGCAAAGGAAGAAUGUACAAACAGUGGAUGAAAUUAGCAAGACCGAAUCGUUGCAAUUCAAUUUCUCAACAAUUAGAGUUGCUACAGAUAACUUUUCUGAUGCAAAUAAGCUUGGAAAAGGAGGAUUUGGUUUUGUCUACCAGGGUAGACUCUCCGAUGGACAAGAAAUAGCUGUAAAAAGACUAUCUAGGAAUUCUGGACAGGGUGAUUUAGAAUUUAAGAAUGAGAUCUUGAUUGUGGCUAAACUUCAGCACCGGAAUUUAGUUAAACUUCGAGGUUUUUGCUUUGAGGGAAUUGAAAGGCUUCUCAUUUAUGAUUUUGUGCCAAAUGGAAGCCUCGAUCAAUUUAUAUUUGAUACAACUAAGCGUGCAAAUUUGGAUUGGCAAAUGCGUUACGAAAUUAUAGUAGGCAUUGCUCGAGGUCUUCUUUACCUUCACGAAGAUUCUCGACUUCGCAUCAUUCAUCGUGAUCUCAAACCUAGUAACAUUUUGCUAGAUGCUGAGAUGAAUCCCAAAAUUGCUGAUUUUGGCUUGGCAAGAUUAGUUCUACUAAAUCAAACCCAGAGCAAUACAAAUAGAAUCGUUGGGACAUAUGGAUAUAUGGCUCCAGAGUAUGCAUCUUAUGGACAUUUCUCAGUAAAAUCUGAUGUGUUUAGUUUUGGUGUGUUAGUUCUUGAAAUUGUAUGCGGAGAGAAAAACGGUUACUUCCGUAAUAGCGGGGAGUAUCUUCUUAAUUAUGCAUGGAAAAAUUGGAGGAACAUGACAACGUCCAAUAUUAUAGACCCCAUAUUAGAAGUUGGUUCAACAACUGAAAUAAUUCGGUGCAUCCACAUUGGAUUAUUAUGUGUUCAAGAAAAUGUAGCUGAUAGACCAACCAUGGCUUCAAUCAUUCAAAUGCUUAAUAGCAACUCUAUCACCUUAUUAGUACCUUCGCGACCUGCAUUUUUUAUACACAAUGAUGUUGAACCAAACAAGGAGUCAAAUCAAUCUCUUCUAGCCUCAACAAAUGAGUCUUCAAUUACUGAAUUAUAUCCUCGCUAAGGUUUGAUUGAAGUAACUAUAGUUCUUUAUAUGAGUCUUGAGAAAAGAUUUUAUGGAAGUGACCACGUUGAAUAAUUUUGAAGCCUGGAUAUAUUUUAUAUAUUAUAUUAAUCUCUCAAUUGGAGUUCCUCCGAUUUUUUGUCUCCCUAGUAUUAUGCAGCACUUAUGAUGAGUAUAUUCAAUGAUGGUUCAAGA